AAUAAAAAGCGAGUAAGGGUUGCACAUGUUCUUACUUACCAAGCACAGAACAGUUGUGAUUGAGUAAACACAGAGCGAGAGACAGCGCCAUGGAUUCGAUCAUCGGCGGAGGCGACGAAAUAACAUUGGGGUGCAUUCUCUCAAUCAAAACCACACUCGGAGAAGAGCUCGAAGGCCAAGUCAUGUCCUUCGAUCCACACUCCAACAUACUUGUUUUUCAAGAGGGCAUUCAAUCGGUAUCGGGACCGCGAAACAUUAGGCUUUUGAAGUGCAAUUUCAUAAGGGAUAUUACUUACUUGGGUCGAGCUGAAGACCCUUUUGAUUUCAAGAAAUGGGACAUCGAUCUCAAUAUCCUCCAAGCUCGUGAAGAGUCUGCUAUUAGGCAAGCAGAGACAGAAGCUGAGAGGAUUGGUGUGGGUGUUACUGAACAAGCCCAGGACAUAUUCGACGCAUUGUCUAAGACCCUUCCAGUGCGCUGGGAAAAGACUGUCAUUGUUGUGAUGAAUGAAGUGCGUGUUGGUAGUCCAUAUCUUCCCGAAUCUGUUACUGGAGGAACUCCUCCUGCCAACAUCCGAGUGAGGAAAGUGUUGGAGACGAGGUGAUCACAUGAGGAAAACAAAGAAGAAUGUGACUCUGGAUAUCAACAAAAUACACGGUGACCUAUGCUCCAAUGGAGAAUAAGGUCCUUGGUGGAUCACCCAUUUUGUUGGAUUUUACAUCAUUAUUGAGUACUGUCAGGUAGAUGAUUUUAUCUUGAACAAGUCAACUAGGUAUCAACAUUCAAUUAUGAGAAGCUAGAGUUGGAUUAUUCUCGGUCUUCCAGUGUUGUUCUUCCUAUGCCAUCGUCUGAUAUUUUAGAGUGGAAACAUUUGUUUGUGACAUGUUUGAAGAAGAUAUUGCUUAAUGUUACUUUCCUUGAUGAUUGGAGACCGGAGGAAAUUA